AUGAGGUCUGUUGGAGCCCUGGACACCCUCUUUGGCCAGGCCACUCAGGGCUUGGACACCAACCUCGUCGCAGCCGCCGCUCUUUCGGCCGUGGCCGCUGGAGAUGCGCUCUACCUGCCCGUCGGGGCCUCACCUAACGCCCUGCUGGCGCAGACGCCUCAGCCUCUCCAUCAUCACCACCAGCACUACCAUCACCAUCACCACCAGCAACAUCAACACCACCAGCAGCAACAGCAGCAGCAACAACACCAACACCAAAUAAACACGGCCAGUCAACAACAUCAUCUGAACAAUAUAUAUGGAGGCGUGAGUUAUGCUUUUUUUGCUGUUGAAAACAGUUUUUUUUCAGGGACUUCUGGCACUCUAGGAUCGUGGAGACUGAUUAGUUUCGACAGAUUUUUGUAUUCGACUUAUCUCGACUCUGUCUGCGAUACGUUGGGACGAAGGCAUGACUGUGGCAUCUCAAAUGGCUGCUCUCAGGCCAGCUAA